AUGAACUUUGGAAAUAAAUUACAAUUUUAUCUUAAUGGUACAAGUGUCGAGAUCGAUAAUCCUGAUCCAAAUGCUACUUUACUUAAUUAUGUUCGAUCUAUUGGAUUAACCGGAACAAAGACGGGAUGCGAGGAGGGUGGUUGCGGCGCUUGCACUAUAAUGAUAUCUUCUUAUGAUAAAAAGUCUGACAAGAUUUCUCAUAUUUCGGCUAAUGCUUGCUUGACACCAUUAUGCUCCGUUGAUGGUAAACAUGUCAUAACAAUAGAAGGAAUUGGGAAUGUUAAAAAUCCCCAUCCUAUCCAAGAGCGUAUAGCCUCAUUGCAUGGUUCGCAAUGUGGAUUUUGUACUCCGGGUUUUGUAAUGUCACUUUAUAGUUUAUUGCGCAAUAAUCUCAAUCCAUCUGAGGAAGAAGUUGAAGAGUGUUUUGAUGGAUGUGGUAAAGCUGAUUGUUGCAAAUUGAAUAAUGUUGAUACUAAUUUUGACCAUAACUUUUCACAAAUAAAAUUCAAAAAAUAUGACGCGACUCAAGAAUUGAUUUUUCCUCCAGCAUUAAUGAAAUAUGAACCUGAACCUUUACAUUUUUAUAGUAAUAAAACAAAAUGGUUCAGGCCUAUUGAUCUGAAUCAGUUAUUAUCCUUGAAAGCAGAAUAUCCAAACGCUAUUUUAGUAUCUGGCAAUACUAGAAUUAGUAUUGAAAAAAAAUCCAAGAAUUUGAAACAUGAGAUUCUAAUUUAUUUGGGUGAUAUACCAGAAUUGAAAUCUUGGGAAUUUAAUGAUGAUGGAUUAUAUCUCAGUGCAAACAUGAGUAUUUCUCAAGCUCAAAAAGUAUUAAAAGAAGCAUGCCAUCAUUAUAAGCCUCAUCAAAUUCAAACAUUUGAAGUUCUUUUAGAAAAUCUAAAGAGAUUUGCUACUAAUCAAAUCCGUCAGGUUUCCACAUUGGGUGGAAAUGUUAUUGCUAACUUGUCAGAUUCGGAUUUGAUUCCUUUUCUUCUUUCAUCAAAAUCUAUAUUUUCACUCACCUCUUUACAAUCUGCAUCACCAAAAAGUCGACCUAUUCCAUCUAUAUCUUUUUGGACGGGAUAUAAACAAGACUGUCGUGAAAGUUCUGAAAUCUUGGAAAAGAUUUUUAUUCCAUGUUCAAAGCAAGGUCAAUACAUCAGAACUUAUAAACAGUCUAAAAGGCAUUAUGGUGAUACUGCUAUUGUUAAUGCUGCAUUAUCAGUAUCAUUGGAUGAUAAUGCUUGUGUGGAAGAUGCUGCUUUUGCUUUUGGAGGUAUGAAUGAGGCUGUUAUUAGAGCUCCAAAAUCUGAAAAUUUUAUUUCGGGUAAAAAGUGGGGUGAUGAAGAUGUGUUAAAACAAUUAAUUGAGAUAUUAUGUGAGGAAUUUCAAUUAAGUUUCUCUUUUGCUGGUGGAAUGGCAACUUAUCGUAAAUCAUUAGUUGUUGGGUUUAUGAAUAAGUUUUGGUAUGAUGUCACAAAAUUUGCAAACAUAGGACCGAUUAGUUCUGAUAUAGAAAACUGUAUUGGAGAAAUAAAACGUAAUGUUUCUAAAGGUAUUCAAACCAUAGGACGACCAGAGAAGGGUAAUAAAAUUGUUGGAAAACCAAUUUCUCAUGUAUCUUCUAUGUCACAUAAUACUGGUGAAGCGACAUAUAUUGAUGACAUACCAAAGAUACAGGGUGAAUUAUAUGGUGCUCUAGUUGUAUCAGAGAAGGCUCAUGCUAAAAUAUUAAAUAUUGAUCCAACUCAAGCAUUAAGUACACCUGGUGUAAAGGGAUUCUUUUCAGCAAAGGAUGUACCUGGAAAAAAUAACUGGGGAAUUAUAAUUCAAGAUGAAGAAAUUUUUGCCAGUAAAGAGGUUUUUUGCGUCGGGCAAGUUAUUGGAUUGAUAGUUGCUGAAACGAAAGAAAUUGCGCAGGAAGCUAAAUCUUUAGUGAAAAUAGAAUAUGAAGAAUUACCUCAUAUUUUAACUAUCGAGGAAGCAAUUGAACAAAAUAGCUUUUUCCCGAUGCCUCAACAACUUGAACGAGGAGAUAUAGAAAAAGGGUUCCAAGAAGCUGAUUAUGUUUUUGAAGGUGAAACAAGAGCAGGUGGUCAAGAGCAUUUUUAUAUGGAAACAAAUGUUUCAUUGGUAAUUCCAAAAAAAGAAAAUGAUGAAUUCGAAAUUUUUUCAUCUACUCAAAAUGUCACUUCAACGCAAAAUAAAGUUGCCGAAUCACUCGGUAUCCCAGCCAAUAAAGUUGUAGGUCGAGUAAAAAGGGUAGGAGGAGCUUUUGGUGGCAAAGAAACAAAAAGCCUUUUUUUAGCAAUGGCUUUAGCAGUCGGUGCUUGGCAUCUUAAAAAACCUAUUAGGUGUAUGUUAAAUCGUGAAGAAGAUAUGAUUAUAACAGGACAAAGGCAUCCAGUCUUAGCGAGAUGGAAAAUUGGUUUAACUAAAGAUGGAAAAAUUACAUCGUUGGAUAUAAAAUUUUAUGCUAAUGCCGGAUGGUCAAUGGAUAUAUCCAUAAUCGCAGUUCAAGCUUGUAUACAAAGCGCUGAUGCAUUUAGAGGGUUUGGACGUCCUCAAGGAGUGCUUAUUAUUGAAAGUAUCCUGUCUGAAGUUGCUGAUCAUAUGAGAAUUGAUGAGAAGAAUAUCUACAUGGAAGGUCAAAUAACUCCUUAUAAUCAAACAGUGAAAGAUUGGUAUUUACCUUUGGUCUAUCAACAAGUAAAAGAAACUAGUGAAUUUGAAAAAAGAAGGAAAGAAGUUGAUGAAUUUAAUUCUAAAAAUAAAUGGAGAAAAAGAGGUUUAUCACUUAUGCCAAUCCAAUUUGGAGUCUCUUUUGGUAUACAGUUUUUGAAUCAAGCUGGUGCUUUAGUACAUAUUUACAUCGACGGGAGCGUUCUUAUAAGUCAUGGUGGUGUUGAGAUAGGACAAGGGCUUAAUACAAAAAUGUUGCAGAUUGCUAGUGAGGCUUUGGAUUUAUCUAAUAUUGUUGUUUUUCCAAAAAAAAUAGUUCAUUUAAUGGAAACUGCCACGAAUAUAGUAAUUAAUGCAUCGCCUACUGCUGCAAGUGUUAGUAGUGAUCUUAAUGGACAUGCUGUUUACAACGCUUGUAAAAUUUUGGCAGAAAGGUUAAAACCAUAUCGUGAGAAAAUGCCAAAUAAAAGCUUCCAAGAGAUUGUUGAUGCUGCAUAUCAUGACCGAGUCAAUUUAUCAGCCAAUGGAUUCUAUAAAACUCCAGAUAUCGGUUACGAUGAUAAAAAAAAUGAAGGGCUAUUGUUUCCAUAUUAUACAACAGGGGCAGCAUGUACAGAGGUUGAAAUUGAUACAUUAACGGGUGAUCAUACAAUCUUAAGGACAGAUUUAUGCAUGGAUAUUGGUAAAAGUUUAAAUUAUGGAAUAGAUGUUGGACAAAUUGAAGGAGGAUUUGUUCAGGGUGUUGGAUGGUGUACUUGUGAAGAAACUUUACAUUUUCCAAAUGGUCAAUUGGAUAUACCUCAAGAUUUUAGAAUAUAUACAUAUGAAGGUGCAAAAGUAUCUAAUUUAAAUUCAAUUCAUGGUAGUAAAGGAAUUGGUGAACCACCAUUGCUUUUAGGAUGUACAGUAUUUUUUGCUAUUAGGGAUGCUAUUAAAGCUGCGAGAAAAUGUAAUAAUAACGACACUGUAGUAGUUUUAAGAUCACCCGCAACACCUGAAAGAAUUCGAAUUGCUUGUGAUGAUGAGAUUGUAAGGAAUUGUAAGGUUGAGAAAAAAGAUGGAGAACUUCCAUGG